AGAGAAGAAGAUUCCAGCUCGGAGAGAGUUGCGCCUCCAAAUACAGGCUGCUUUAGAUCUCUCUCUUUCUUUCUCUCUCGCACGCGCCCAGUUCCUAACCCCACGCCACAAAACAUGCGCCCUGGGGACAGGUAAGGAUUUGCUUUGUUUGGUAAAGAACUGAAACGUUGCACCGUGAAGCUCUGUGGCAAGAGAGUUGGAGGAGGGAAGGAGGGAGGGAAGAGGGGGAGGAGGAGGAAUGCAGAGAGGUAGGACUAAGCAGCUCUGCUUUGUUCAAGCCACUGCUCGCCUUCUUUCCCUCUUGCAUGUUCCCACCGCUCAGGAAAACAACAGCGGAUGAAGUGGCUUGUUAAAUUGCAAACACUCGCAGGAACCUCCAGACUGGAAACUUAAGGAGCUGAGCUGACCAAGCGAACUAAAUCUACAUAGUAGCUCCUCCCUCGCUGUCCACCCGGCUGCUCCUGCCUGCAGCCCGCCUAGGAAACUUUUCUCCAAAAGCCGAUUCCUUGCAAACUUCACUGGAGAAUCUGAAGCGGCUAAGGGGAGGACUUGGGGGCUGCGUGACAGGAAGGGGAGUUGGUUUACUGGGAAGGGAAGCAGGGGCGCUGAGUUGGGGCAUGCUCGUUAUAAAGUAGCCUGUCACCAAAAAAAAAAAAAAAAGGAGGGGAGGAAGAGGAGAAAAGGCAUUGCUCCUUGUUCAGUUUUGAAACUGCCUGAGUAGAAAUUGCUAGCCAAAAUUUGCGGGGGGGGGGGGGGGAGAGGGAAGUUCGACAUUCCGCGGCCAGCAGGGCCCUGUGCAUCCUUCUCUUCGGAGGCAUCCGGGGUUCUUAGCCCUUGGAAAUCCAGGGGCAAUUUUCCAGAGAGGUUGUCGGGGGUUGUCAAGAGAGGCAUGUUACUAAUGCCAUUCUCUUCUAUGGUGUGAGAGAAAAGGUAGGGGAAGGCAGAAACUCAGUGUUAGGGCAUCUGCACUGCAUGCAGAAAACCGAAGGUUCAAUCUUUGCCAUCUCCAGGAAGGGCAAAAAACGACCCUUGUCUGAAACCCACGCCAAUCUGUGUAGACCAGUGUUUCCCAAACUUGGAUCUCCAGCUGUUUUUGAAUGACAAUCCCCAUCAUCCCUGACCACGGGUCCUGCUAGCUAGGGAAGAUGGGAGUUGUAGUCCAAAAAAAUUGAGGUGAGACUCUUCGCUCUUAAUCAGGGACGAUGGGAGCCGUAACCCAACAACUUAUGGGGAACUGAAGAUUGAGAAACACUCAUGUGGACAAUACUGAGUGAGAUGGACUGAUAGUCUGACAGCAUAAGGCAGCUUCCUGUAAUUCUGUUUAAGCAGCUUCCUGUAAUUCUGUUUAAGCACCACCAAUGAUGCUUUACAAUGUGGCUUGCCGCCUUGCUUCUGACAGGGCCCCUGGGACUUCAGAAGCUGCAAGCAAAUUUAUUUGUCUAUUAAUAUUUAUUAGAUUUAUAUACCACUCAAAAGAUCUCAAGGUUGUUCACAACAUAGAAAUACAAGAUAAAAGCACAAAUAAAUAGUUAAAACAGAAACAACAAAACAACAACCCCCUCCUCCCCACACACAUUUAAAAGGCUUUAGAAUGUUAAUCAGCCAAGGGCCUGGUUGAAGAUUACAUCAACCUGUACAUUUUGCCCCUUUCAUUCAUAGGCAAGUUAAACAUGGUAAGGCGAGUGAUAACAGCCCUGCAACAUCAGUAGCUCUGCCCCAACAGGAGGUGACCUGAGAAAGCGCUCUCUGUGUGCGCAGGUAAACAGCAAGUGCUUGAGAAGUGCACUCCCAGCACAAAGCAGAUUAUAACCAUUGCAGCAGAAUGUGCUUCAGGUGGGCAAAUAGUGUGGGACACUGGGACAGCAUGGGGAGGACAUUGUGUGUACAGCACCCCUAAAAGGCACAUGCAUCCGGCACGGAAUGCACAUUAUUAUGCAGGCUGUACAUGCCCCAGGAGUCCUAUGGCACCUAAAAGACCAACACAUUUAUUAUGCCACUUCCUUUUGUUAACUACAGUCCACUUCAUCAGAUACAUGAAGUGUUAUCCUGAGGUUUUGGUAUGGGGGGGUGGGGCAGGUAGAGGGAACUUGUUAAAAGUGAAGUCAGAGGGAAAUGAAAAGCGGAAAAGUACAGAGAGUAAUAAUUCCAUAUUUAAUAGUGGGACUUCACAAAUAGUUAUUGAGGGCACAGGCACCAUGCUUUGUAAAGCAGUUAACAUCUCUAAUAUGCUAAAAUCCUUUGUCUCGGUUCAGCCCACAAGUGAUAGCAUCAAACCCUUUCAUUCAAUUCAGUGGUUUCAUAUUGCAGUCUCCCUUUGAAUUUCCCUUGCUGCAGGAUGGCUACUUUAAGGUAAUUUACAGAGUAUUCUGGUAGGUUGAACUGUCCCACCACUGGUUUUUGAAUAUUGCCACUUCAAAUGUCAGACUGGUGUCCAUUUAGUCUUUCAUAUUUAGACUGGCCUGUUUGUCCUGUGUAGAAUGCAGAGCAGCUUUGCUGGCAGAUGAGAACACAUGUUAUCACCUAGUUGUUCAUUGUGAUCCUUGUUUGCUCAUACUGGAGCUGCAAACAAAUACAUACAAAGCCAAGAAUGAAUAUUUAACCACUUGGAGCGUGCUGCUUAGCUAUGGUAUAUUUGUGCUACUGUGAGGGAAACUUUGGAGUCCUGUUACCAUCAUGCCAGGACACACCUAGUAACACACCGUUGCACAACACAACUGUCUGUUGUGAAUAAGCAAGGGGUCCAGAUCUAUCAGAACAGCAUUUCUAUACUGGAAAAAUGGUAUGUAUCAUUUUACAGCACUUUCCCCUAGAGGCUACUAUCCUAUGCACACAUUCCUGGAAGUAAAUCCCAUUGAGCAUAAUAGAACUUUCUUUUGAAUAAGCAUGUCUAGGAUUACAUUGUAAGCGGUUUUGUAAUUGUGGCAAUUAAAUGUUGAAAGCAAAUUGUUAUAAUAAGAGUACCAUAUCAGAUGUCCUCAUUUUUUCAGUCCUCAGAGCUGAAAGCUCAGUGACUCUCGUGCAUUUUCUAUUUGAGUAGGAAUCAACACAACUCAAAUUAUAGUUGUUUGAGUACAUGAGUACAGGAAUGUUUUUUAUAUGGAAGCUGGAACCCUCGCCUGUAUUCUUGAUAAGCCUAUAUUGAGAGCCAACUUUGAAUUUAAUAGCGAAUGAAUCAAACAUUUCAGCUAUAAACAGCAGUCACCUUGAUUUGCUCACCUAUUCAUCUUGCUAUUUUCUUCACUUAUUUGAAAUCUUAGUAGUUGUUUCUAAUCUGUGGUUGUUUAACCAUCUAGUAUGGUAAUAAGUAAAGUGAUAUAGAAACAUAGAAUUGUAGAGUUGGAGGGCACCAUGAGGGUCAUCUAGUUCAACCCCCAAUGCAGGAAUCUUUUGUCCAACAUGGAGCUUGAAUCCAUGACCUUGAGAUUCAGGGUCUCCUGCCCCACCGACUGAGUUCUCCCAUGUGCCCGAGGACUGAGUAGAAUAAUAUAAAAGGAAAUCAGUUUUGCAGGCUACGCAGAAAAGGGCAGCCAAAAUGAUCAAGAGGAUGGAGCAACUUUCCUAUCAGGAAAGGUUGCCCCAUUUUGGGACUUUUUAGUCUAGACCAGUGGUUCUCAACCUGUGGGUCCCCAGAUGUUGUUGGACUACAACUCCCAUCAUCCCUAGGGAGUUGUAGUCCAACAACGUCUGGGGACCCACAGGUUGAGAACCACUGGUCUAGAUGAAGGGCAGGGAAGAGGUGACAUGAUAGAAAUCAAUGGCAUGGAGAAAGUGGAUAGAGAAAAGGUCGUUUCCCCUUCUAUCAUAACGCAAGAACUCACAAACAUCUAAUGAAUCAGAAUGUUGGAUAAUUCGGGAUGGAUAAAAGGAAGAACUUAUUUAUGCGGAACAUAGUUAAACUAUCGAAGUCCCUCCGUCAGGAGGCAGUGAUGGCGACCAACUAGAAUGGCUUUAAAAGAGCAUUAGACAUAGACUACCAGUCGCUAUCAGCCAUGAUGGCUGUGCUCUGUCUCCAGGGUCAGAAGCAGUAAUGCUUCUGGAUAGCUAUUGCUGGGAACCGCAGGAGUGAAGAGGGUUCUUGUGUUCAGGUCCUGCUUGAGACAUUCCCAUGGGGAUCUGUUUGGCCACUGAGAAUAGGAUGUGAACUAGAUGGGCCAUUAGCCAGAUUCAGCAGGCUCUUCUUACAUUCGUAUAUGUUUUGGGUCUGCUUCAAGUACACAAGUACAGCUCCCAUUUUUUUCCAGCCUUAAUUCAUCUUGUAUCCUUUUCAUUGCCCAGCCUUUCGCUGCUAAUAUUUACUACCCACCACAACUGUCUGCACACCGUCAUUAUUGGACAGGUAUGCCAGGCUCCACAUUUCCUGUGAACUUUCCAAGCAGCAGCCAUCUCUUGGGCAGCAUGCUCGCCGGUCCGAGCAUGGUCCCCGCCUUUAAAUUCCAGUUGCGGCGAGACACGAUCGACUGGAGGCGGUUCAGUGCCAUCGAUGUGGAGCGGGUCGCUCGUGAGCUGGACCUUGCCACUCUGCAGGAGAACAUCAACAGCAUCACCUUUUGCAACCUCGAUGCAGAAAAGUGCCCCUACUGUCAGCAGCCAGUUGACCCUGUGCUCUUGAAAGUCUUCAAGAUGGCCCAGCUGACCAUCGAGUACCUGCUGCACUCUCAGGAGUACUUGAGCAUGAGCCUGGCCCUUCAGGAAGAGCAACACCAAGCGACCCUGGAAGACCUCAAACGUGUCAAGCAGGACUGGGAUAAGCAAGCAGAAGAGCUGAAGGGUGUCAAGGAAGAGAGCAGGAGGCGUAAAAAGAUGAUUGCCACGCAGCAAUUGCUCUUGCAAGCUGGGGCCAAUAACUACCACAAGGUGAGUGAUAUGGCUGCAUGCUUUCUGUGCAGCUUUCAUAAUUGUAAGCAGGGCUAGCUGAUAUCUAGUAUUCAACAUUGUGGUAUAUCAGCAGCUAAAUACCAUGAUACGUUGAUAUAUCAUGAUGUCUGGAAUGUAACUCGGAUGCUUCUUCCUCCCAUCACCCAGUCCUAACAACAACAACAAUAACAACAACAACAAUUUAUUUAUACCCCGCCCAUCUGGCUGGGUUUCCCCAGCCACUCUGGGCAGCUCCCAACGGAAUAUUAAAAACACGAUAAAACAUCAAACAUUAAAAACUUCCCUAAACAGGGAGACCUUCAGAUGUCUUCUAAAAGUCAGAUAGUUGUUUAUUUCCUUGGCAUCCAAUGGGAGGCUGUUCCACAGGGCGGGCAUCACUACCGAGAAGGCCCUCUGCCUGGUUCCCUGUAGCUUCACUUCUCUUAGUGAGGGAACCUCCAGAAGGCCCUCGGAGCUGGACCUCAGUGUCCUGGCUGAACGAUGGGAGCAAGCCCCAAUACCUCUGUGGCUUAUGUUAGCCAGAAGGGCAGGGGCUUCAUUAAACUGUUCAGCUGGGGGCAGGAAGCCUCCUGCCUCCAGCUGAACUAGCCCCCAUACUGCUCUGGCUCAUGUGAGCCGGAGAAGCGGGCUUCCUCAAAGGCACAGGCAGAUGGAGGUGGAGAAAGUGCUUGCCCAGAACCAUUUUGAGCUCUGUCUGCCUGUCUCUCUGUGCCUUUGCUGUCUGCAGGCAAAUUGAGCUGGGAAUACAUUAUGGCUCCCUGGCCAGCACAAUGUAUCACCCGCUCAAAAUGUCUGAAACCGGUAUUGCUAUCAGAACGCCAUACCAGUUUCAUACAAUUUACCAGUAUAUCACCCAGCCCUAGUUGUAAAUAGGGACACACAUGGGUACUUAGGACAGCCUUGCUCUCACAGUAAGGAUCCAUUGCCUCCCCGCCACAUCCUAACUAUAAUGCCAUGCUAUAGGAAGUAUUUGAGCAUAUGUGUAUUAUUGGGAUAGACAGCUAUUGGUGGGAUGGAAGGGAAGCUAGUAGACUUUUCUGUGUGCAUAUAUAUAUGCACAUGGGCAGAACAUGCCAUGUGUCACACCAGCAGUGGCUGAUUAUAACAGUGGCACAGCCACCACUGCAUCAGCAACCCUGCUGCUCAUGCCAGCAAGGGUAGGUGGUGGGGCAAAAAUGCACUUUUGCUAUACCAGCUCCCAGACUAGGGCAGCAAAUGGGCCCAGACUGGGCCAAUUCCCGUCAGUUGACAGCAACAGGGCCACCUCUACCCCCUUCUCUUUCCCAGAAUGUGCUCCUACAUGAGGAUGCACAGACUGCUCCCAGCAGGGAUACUGCCGGUGCUAAAGGUAAAGGUAAAGGUACCCCUGCCCAUACGGGCCAGUCGUGUCCGACUCUAGGGUUGUGCGCCCAUCUCACUUAAGAGGCCGGGGGCCAGCGCUGUCCGGAGACACUUCCGGGUCACGUGGCCAGCGUGACAAAGCUCCUCUGGCGAGCCAGCACCAGCGCAGCACAUGGAAACGCUGUUUACCUUCCAGCUAUAAAGCGGUACCUUUUUAUCUACUUGCACUUAAGGGUGCUUUCGAACUGCUAGGUGGGCAGGAGCUGGGACUGAAAGACGGGAGCUCACCCCGCCGCAGGGAUUUGAACCGCCAACCAUGCGAUCGGCAAGUCCUAGGCACUGAGGUUUUACCCACAGUGCCACCUGCGUCCCUGCCGGUGGUAGCUUCCACCUAUUUGCUGUUUGGGUGGGUGCAUUGAGUGGAAAGUAGGAAAAGACCUUGAAGGUGGAGCUGAGCCCAAACUUCUCAGAUGGCAUUUCCCUGAGAAAAAAAUGCCUGAGAUGUUUCUUUUUGCCAUCCCAUCAGCCUGAUUUAGUUUUACUUUUUUUUCCAGCAGAAUUUUCUCCAGAUAUUCUCCUCCUUUUCGUUCUGGUGGCCACCCUUAGCCCCACAAUGCUCCAGGAUGAUGUUAGAUCCAGGGGACUGAUGGAGAUGUAAAAUGGUGCCCAUUCUGUCAAUGCUGCUGCUGCUAACAUUUGCAGUGGCAGCAAAAAGAGAAAGGGAAACUUUGUAGGUGGUGGGUGGAGAUAAGGUACUGGAGAUACUGGAGAAAUUUGGUGAAAUGAGCCUGCAAGUUUCUGUGCCCGCAAACACAGUGGAGGAUUUGGAGAGAUCGCCUGAGCACUGUUGUACCACAGGUCAUCUCGUCCAACCCCUCUGUUCAGUGCAGGAUUUACAAUGCAGGAUGCAACUACAGCAUCCCUGACCGUUUCUGCUUAAAUACCUUCUGUUUUCUGAGGACUGUCCUUGGUAAAUAGGGACAGCUGGAGCAUACGGAGCUGCAUUAUCCACUGUGGAUUUUCAGUCAGCAGCCUGUCAAGGAAAUGUGAAUGAUCUUUGUUUUUCUUCCAGCUCAUCUGCCUGAUUGUGGUUGCAGAAGCAAAGAUAGAUUAGCAAACAUUGGGUGUGGAGGAGGUUACAGCUGUCUGGGUGUUAGUACUUCAGCAGCCAUUCACAAACAGCCCAUGAUUCAGAUUUAGUUUGAGCAUCUGGUCCUGCAUUAAGCUUGGAGUUGGCCUAGUGGAAUGCUUUGUUCCUCCUCUGGAUUUUUAGAUCUAUGUCAGGGGUCAGCAACCUUUUUCAGCCAUGUCCACCGUCCCUCAGACCUUGUGGGGGGGGGGGCGGACUAUAUUUUGAAGGAAAAAAAUGAACCAAUUCCUAUGUCCCACAAAUAACCCAGAGAUGCAUUUUAAAUAAAAGGACACAUUCUACUCAUGUAAAAACAUGCUGAUUCCUGGACCGUCCGUGGGCCGGUUUGAGAAGGCGAUUGGGCCACAUCUGGCCCCCAGGCCUUAGGUUGCCUAACCCUCGUCUAUGUGAUAGCUGUCAAGGUUGUAAAGAAGGACACUCAUGGACACAUAGGCCAAACUCACACCAUGCUUUUAAAGCACCAUGAUACGACUUUAAACAGUCAUGGCUUCCCCCAAAGAAUUCUGAGAGCUGUUGCUUGUUAAGGUGCUGAGAGUUAUUGGGGAACCCCUAUUUCACCUCCAUGGUUUUCUGUUUCUCGGGGUGAUUUUACAGUCAAUCCCUCUUCCCAAGGCUCUCUGGGAAUUGUGUGGGGAAUAUGGAUCUCCUAACAACUCUCAGCACCCCUAGUAAACCACAGCAUCUUGAAUUCUUUGGGAAGCCAUGAAUGUUUAAAGUGGUGUCAUAGUGCUUUCAAUGUGUGCUUUGAAUGUGGUCCUGGUUUGUUUGGCUUAGCAUGUGGUCUAAAUCCAGAAUCGUGAUUCAGCUUUCUUCUCCUUGACCUAUUGCCAAAGUUUGUCCUGCAGUUGCAUGGUUGUGAAGGAGGCAUCUUCACCCUGAUCCCUGGUCUGAGUGACAGGCUAAGCAAAACUCUGGCUUAGGUGUCCUCCCAGGCUAACUUGAAAGCCUGGGGGAGAGGGAGAGCAGUGUGAGUUCCUAGCUGGGAGCCAACACAUUCAUGCGGACAUGAUGAGCCACCUUCUGGCUUACCUUGAUGUGUCAACCAAGCCAGCGUGUGACCUAUCUAUCCUUUUCUUUGUCUUUCUCCAGUGCCAAUUCUGUGACAAGACCUUCAUGAACUACUCGUUUCUUCAAGCCCACAUGCUGCGCAGACACCCAGAGGUCACUGCAGCAGGUGAGCAUAGAGGGUUAUUUCAUUAUGUACUGCUUCGUAUUUCAAGACUAAUAAUAAUUGCUAAUUGGUUUACAGUGUCUUAAAAAUAUCACAAAUACAAAAAGAAACCAGCAAUACCCCCCCUUUUUAGCAGCACAGAAGAAAAGAAUUAUAUAUGUCUUAAAACAUCAGUAUAAACAAGCAUUAACAUAUGGGGACCAUAAUAACUAAUAGCAGAUCCGAAAUACAGAGGGCAUUGUUAUUCGGUGUGCUUGUUCCUUCAGCACAAGGACUUUCAGCUGUGCAGUGGAACUUCCCCUCCCCCUCCCCACAGGACAGCCUGUGUGCCCUCUAAAUCUGUUCUGGGAGUUCCCCAAUGCUCCAGAGCACAUUUGGGGAAUGUGCAGAGCACACACAUGAAGAGAAUGUCAUAGAAAAUCUACGCAAUAUUGAUCCAGAGCAGAAUUCCAACAUAUAGCUAGCAGAGUGAAAACUUAAACACAUUGCAGGAUUCUCCAAAAAUAAACCAGAGGCAAUUAAUAGUUCAUGCAGCAGAGCUUUACUGCUACUGAAGACAAAUGAGCAUAACGGUUCCAAAUCCAAUACAUUCAGGAUUGGCACCAUCCAUAAGAAAUCCAGUUGCAGCAGACUUAACUUAAACUUACAAUAACUUCUACAGUCAUAACUCAUGUUGCGUCGUUUCGGCUUGCGAACACAGCAAACCCGGAAGUGUAUACUUCCAGGUUUCACCGUUCAUGUGUGCGCAGAAGCAUUUUGCGUGCUUCACACAUGCACAGAAGCGCUCAAUCAUGCUCCGCGCUUGCGCAGAAGCGCCGCUCUAGUUGCUGACUUUUUGGGGUGUGAACGGCACCCCGGAACAGAUCGUGUCCACAACUAGAGGUACCACUGUAAUAAGUCUAAACCUUAAUACUAUAUACAGAACACCACACCAGAAGAAAGAGAGAUAGAAAGAGAAAGUGAAAUCCAGGCUGGUUCUGGCCUUAUUUUUAUAGUCAUCAUGACCUUGGCAGAAGAGAUAACAGAACCAAUUUAAGCCAGCUGUUCUCAGUUUCUUUGAAGGCAGUGCUUUUUUUCUUUAAAUGUUUAGGGGUACUCUCAUUUUCCUACUCAUAUUGAAAUACUGCCCCUCAAUGAGGCCAAACUUAGAUUCACAAAACGUUUAAGGGUAUUCGUAUCCCUGCCCCCCCCCGAAAAAAGCACCGUCUGAAGGAAUAACCCAAACAUCAUGAACCUUCUGCUUGUUUCUUUCACACAGAGAAGCUUCCAGAGACCACUUGAAUUAAUUAGAAUAGGAAAGAUCGCUACCCAUCAGAUCAAUAGUUUCUGUACUAAGAAAUGCAAACUGACAGAGAAGGGGGGAAAAGUUGUGUUGCACAAACAGAAAUCUUUGCACUGAUGAAACAAGUGCAUUUUACUUCAUAUUUUUCCCCAUUCUCUUUUCCUUGUCCUUGUUAAAUUUAAUAACUAAUUAACUAACUAACACAUAGAGACCCUUUGUUUUCCAGAUUGCCUAGAGCAGGGGUAGUGAAUGCAGUGCCCCUGCCCAAAUUUAUUUUGCUGGGCUCAAACACACAUCAGCUCCAUUUAGCAUGGCCAGUAGUCAAGGGUGAUGGAUGUUACAGUUCAUUUGCAGGACAGCACAGUUACUGCCCCUGAUCUGAAGUGUUAUUUGAGACCAUCAGGGGCCCAUUGGAUCAAUCAAACUGUAAAAACAUUUCAUUUUUGAGUGCCUCUCUCCAUAUACAGGUUGAUACCCAGUAGUUUGUUACUAAUUAAGCAUUCAGGCAUUUUCUUUCCCUUAACUCAUGGGUAGAAAAUCUGGAGAGAUUUCCUUUUACAUUAAAAGUUCAUUAUAAUGAAACAAACUGUUUAGCUUGCCCAUUAUCUACAAAUAAGGGGCUCAGUAGCUAUCAUUUUUUUUCUGAAUGAUUUCACAUAUAAACUGAUUCUGAGCCAUACUGGCAACAUCAGAAAUUAAUGUACUUACAUCCAGCAUUUUGGAAAAUGUUAAGAUGUCAUUCUGCAAAUCUGGAUACAAUCAUGCAACUAUAACUGCCCCACCUCAGAAGGGUAUACUUCAUACUCACAUAAUUAUAAGGUUAGCCAUAAAGCAUAUAGAUUAAAACAUGACAAAUACAUUUUGUUCAAAUUGAUUUACCUCACCAAAUAAUAUGCAUGAGAUUCUCUGAGGUAUAGCUUUGGAUUUAUGACUGGGAACAAAAUUCUUCUAGGAAGCCUAAGAAAACUGCAAAAUAUACCACACACAUACUAUUGAGGUGGCAAAGGAAGUUCACAAAAUGAGAGGAAAACAAAAUCCACAAACCUAGAGGAAAUUCAGCUCUGGGCAUGGUUUUGUCCAGCAGAGGGCAGUGGUUCCGUUAUAAUUUAUGAUGACAAUCCAUUAUAGAGCUAGCUGUCUGGUGUGCUUUGAAAUCAACGGGCCUAAACACAUUUACUACUGGAUUGAAAUGUGGUCCAUGUUAAUUCACUUGUGUCAAAUAUUAUUUUCCUGACAUACAAAGCAAUGUUUUAAGUAAAAAAUAAAUGAAAAAUAGAGUUUCAGACUGGGAAAACCAAGCCAGAUGGGCGGAGUAUUAUAUAUUAUUAUUAUUACUAAUAAUACUACUAUUAUUAUCAUUACCAUCAUCAUAAGUGCUUUUUCUGGGGAAUGCGGGAGUAUGCAUACUCCUAAUCAUUUUGUGAAUCUAAGGUUGGCCUCAUUAAGGGGCAGUAUUUCAAUAUGGGUAGGAAAAUGAGAGUACCCCUAAACAUUUUUUUUCAAAAAACCACUGAUCAUCAUCAUCAUCAUCAUCAUCUUACAUUCCUGGGUACCUUCCUAUACACAAUUCAAAAUGUUUGCAAUUGCCACCAUAACUGUGCCUUUUUCUGAAUGAACUUUAUAGAGCAGGAGAAGAAGAAACAAGUGGUACAAAUGGAAAGUGAGAUUGAAGAACUGAAGGUCAAACUGAAGGAGACCCAUGCCCAACUGGAGGCUGAGAGCCAAAGCAGGGCUCAGGUAUGAACUCACAAAAGCCAAAGCCCUCAUAGCUUGCUGAAUUACAACCAUCUGUUUGUAGCCAAAGUGAAAGCAGUGCAUGCAAAACUCUUGAUAAUGUACUUUUGCACCACGGCAGCUGGAAGGGAAGAGGCUUGUUGUUUAUUUGUUUGUUUGUUAUAUUUGAGUCCCAUUUUUGCAUUUUGAAAGUAGUGACUCAAAGUGAUUUACACAGUAAAAAGUAAAAUAACAAAGACAUUCAAAUCAGAUUAAAAACAGCAAUGAACAAAACCUUUUUUUAAAAAAAAAAUACCCAUCUGACAAAAUUUCUUCUGCUCCAGUAAAAAUAAAUCCAAAGGUGAGUUGCCUCCAUUGCAGAAACAUGCACGCUAUGAAGGUGUGAGGGGACCCUUCAGGCAAACAUUUGCAGGCACAUGGAAGUCCUUCAGAACAAUACCAGUCAUCUCAGAUAAUCUCUUGGCCUGGGUAUCUGCUGUUCAGCGGUGUGGCCAAUAAACCAGUGGAAAGGAAUUCCUUGUGAGCCUCACGUAUAUCAGGUAAUGGCUGUAGCUCAAUGGCAGAGCAUCUCCCUUGCAAGCAGAAGACCCCAAUCCCUUCUAGAUCUGUCAGCAGCCUUCGACAUGGUUGAUCACGAACUCCUGGACCACCGCCUUGCCGACGUGGGGAUCCAGGGCACAGUCCUUCAAUGGCUGCGCUCGUUUCUCUCCGGUCGGGGACAGAGGGUGGCGCUUGGGGGAAUUGUCAUCCCGCCACUCCUUGGUGUGUGGAGUGCCUCAGGGUGCGAUACUCUCCCCAAUGCUUUUAACAUCUUUAUGCGCCCCUCGCCCAGCUUGUCCGGAGUUUUGGGCUGGGUUGCCAUCAGUAUGCCGAUGACACCCAACUCUAUCUGUUGAUGGAUGGCCAUCCUGACUCGGCCCCAGACACACUGACCAGAUGUUUGGAAGCUGUGGCUGGAUGGUUACGCGGAAGCCGGUUGAAGUUAAAUCCUUCGAAGACAGAGGUCCUCUGGCUGGGACGGGACGAUAUGGGAUUGAGGGGCAACUCCCAUCUCUUGCGGGGGGUGCAAUUAGUGCCAGCACCAUCCGUUAAGAGUUUGGGUGUAAUCUUCGAUACCUCCCUCUCUAUGGAGGCGCAGAUUACAGCUAUAACAAAGGCGGCAUUUUUUCAUCUCCGCCAAGCUAAGCAGUUGGCCCCUUAUCUCUCUCGCCCUGACCUAGCCACUGUGAUCCACGCGACGGUCACCUCCAGACUGGAUUAUUGUAACUCGCUCUACGUGGGGCUGCCCUUGAGACUGACCCAGAAACUCCAGCGGGUGCAGAAUGCCGCGGCGAGACUCCUUAUGGGGUCUUCGCUGCGAGAUCACAUUCAUCCGGUACUAUACCAGCUGCACUGGCUCCCGGUGGAGUACAGGAUCAGGUUUAAGGUGCUGGUUUUAACCUUUAAAGCCCUAUACGGCCUAGGACCCUCGUACCUACGGGACCGCCUCUCCUGGUAUGCCCCACAGAGGAACCUACGGUCUGCAAAUAAAAACAUCCUGAAGGUCCCAGGCCUCAGAGAGGUUAGGCUGGCCUCAACUAGAGCCAGGGCUUUCUCGGCUGCGGCUCCAAUCUGGUGGAACGCUCUGUCACAAGAGACUAGGGCCCUGCGGGACCUGACAUCUUUCCGCAAGGCCUGCAAGACAGAGUUGUUCCACCAGGCUUUUGGUCAGGGCCCAGCCUGACUCCCACCUCCGGCAACCUGCACAGAACUUUGCUCAACGGUUGCCAUUAAUUUGAUUUUAAUUAAUUUUUAUAAUGAAAUGUUUUAGAAUGUUGGAUUAUUUAAUUGUUUGAUUAUUUAUUUGUUGUUAGCCACCCUGAGCCUGGCUUUGGCUGGGGAGGGCGGGAUAUAAAUAAAAUUUAUUAUUAUUAUUAUUAUUAUCCCUAGUGUCCAAUCCCUAGUGUCUCCAGGUGGGGAAAUCUUCUACCUGAAACCAUGACCAGUCAGAGUCUAUUGAGCUAGAUGGACCAUCUGCCUCAGUAUAAGAUAGCUUCCUAUGUUCCUGUGUGCAACAGUCAUACACCUUGAACUCAGCUUUGACUAGACAUAAUAAGAUUGUACUUUUAAUAUAUUUGAUAGGGCAACUUGUCUGCACAGGUCAUUGCCACUCCAUUCAUCCCCCUCCCACUGUUGCAUGCUAUUGGUUGUUGCCAUGUUGAAUAUCCAGCUUAAAUUAGCUGGGCAAGAAUUGGACCAUCCUGCCCUUUGCUUGGAGUAUUUCCACUUCCGUUUGAAUGACUGGGAUUUCUGGAAACUGCUGUCAAAUCAUUCCAUAGCCACAACUUUUUGUCUUUUCUAACCAGCUUAUUUCCAGCUUUAGAUCUUGUUGUUUCGUUGAUAGGAAGCAGAGCACAUGAGGCAAAGAGAAGAGGAAAGCAGAAGAAAAUUUGAGAGAUGGAAGGAGGAAGAGAGGGUAAAGUUUCAAAGGGAGAUGGAAGACCUCCGGCACCUGUUCCUCACCGAAUUCAAGGACAUUGCCAGCAAAAAUUCCGCCUUGGAGGGGGUAAGGCGAAUGCACAACUUUCUCUUUUCCUUGAACAUUCAGGGCAGUCACAGCCUUCAAUAAACAGGCAUGCUGCUUUUAAAUAUUACCACAAAAGAACAGCAGGGCCUUUUCUUCAAGGAAUGAUAAAAUUCCCUAUGUUAGAGAAGGAUGAAUCACUUUGUUUGAGCAUGGAUGGACCUUGGUAAUAUGGUGCGCUGUGUGUCGCCAAAAUUUCCAUCCUUCUCUGGAGAUUGUUCAAUAGAAUGCGCUUUUCUGGUUAUAAAUAGCCUGGAUAAUUUUGCAAGGUCUUGUUCACUUACCGUAUUUUUUGCUCUAUAAGACUCACUUUUUCCCUCCUAAAAAGUAAGGGGAAAUGUGUGUGCGUCUUAUGGGGCGAAUGCAGGCUGCACAGCUAUCACAGAAGCCAGAACAGCAAGAGGUAUUGCUGUUUUCACUGCGCAGCGAUCCCUCUUGCUGUUCUGGCUUCUGAGAUUCAGAAUAUUUUUUUUCUUGUUUUUCUCCUCCAAAAACUAGGUGCGUCUUGUGGUCUGGUGCGUCUUAUAGAGCGAAAAAUACGGUAGCUGAAUUUCCAGCACCAUUGACAAGUGCAGAAAGUGGAGAGCCAUGUGAUUGGUUAUGAUCCUGUUUGUGGGGAAUAUCCACACUAGCUAGUCAUCCUUGCCCAAUCAAGAUAAUAAAACACAGAGCAAGAAGCUGGUGUUCCUCCCAACGGGUAUUCAUACCUACAUAGGGAAGUCCCAACUUACAUGACAACUCUGCUUUUUAUAUUCCAUCAGAUAUGGCACAGAAACCUGACCUACUGUACCUGAGUGAUUCCUUAAUAGCUCUGGCUGCUGCUCUUUGCCAGCAAAGUGUUUACAUGUGCCACUUAUUCCUCCUCCAGAAGCUGCAGGAACUACAAGGCAAGAGUGCAGUGGUCUCUAAUCUGGGGACAUUGCAGGAUGACGAAUCACCUGACCAGCAGCAAUGGAAGAAGACUCAGAGGGAACUACAGGGGAUGAAGGCAAAAAUUGAGCAACAGGUGCGUGAGCAUAGAUGUGGUGGCUGUGAGCUCUGCAAUAUAUCAUCUCUUGCUUGUAGAAUAUAACAGGGUAGGAGAAAGACACUUAAGAGUACAAUCUUAUUUUUGCAGUCCAUUACAUUCUAAGCCCCACCCCCCACCCCAGGAGCCAAACCAUAAAACCUAAGCUAUAUAGCUAUUGUGGGGAGUGGGAAAUGAUGACAGCAGAUAGAUUGUUGUGGAGUCACUUAUGCUGAUGUCCCUUGUGCUCUGACAGUAAUACAACAUGGUUUAACAAUAGGAGGCAAAACAUUUCAAAAGAAGACAUUGGUAGGUGAAGUCAAAUAUAAAAGCACAUUUAAAACAGCAUAAUUAAGAAGAAAAUAAAAUAUCAUCAUAAGCAUGACACGGCUGUUUGGUAGGCACACAAAGAUGGGGCCAUUGAGUGGCCUUCAUGCCCCACAGCUGGGUGAUGGUCCUCCAGCCUCAUGAGGAGCCUCUUCAGUAGGGCUGGGUGAGUCUGGGGCCCGCUCCCUAGGCCAGGUAGAAAGGUCCUUGUGGGGAGCGGCCUUCAUGCCCCACAGCCGGGUGAUGUUCCUCCGGCUUCAUGAGGAGCCUCUUUAGUAGGGCUGGGUGAGUCCAAAUAAGUUUGGCUAAGACUGAGGUUGUUGUUUUUAAUUUAUCAGAAAACAGAAUGGAAAUGGAAACUGAGGGAUCUUCAGAAGGAACACCAGAUGGAGAAGGAAGAGGUGAGUGUGCUGAAGAAUAUAUUUUUCUCACAGUUUCUCUCUCAUUAAGAGUUCAAACAUUGUACUGGUGUACAGUCAGUGCCCAAAUAGGGAACACCUGUGUACACAAACAGAGAUUAUGCAUAUACAAUGCAACAAACUAUUACAUGCCUAGACUCUGUGUAUACAUUGUGCUGGAUGCUUUUGGGGAGGGCAGAGCCUGCACACACAAUCCCACUACCUUCAUGCAGUGGGUCCUCAUGCCCAAAUCUCUAAACAGUUUGUUCUUAUCUCCUCAGCUGAAGGGUGAGAAUGAGAGACUACGGGCCUCCUUGUCUUCUGACCAAUGGAAAAUGGCCGAGCACAGCAAGCAGCAAAUAGCAUCACUCAGCGCACAACUCAGGGAACAGGUCAAGAUCAUCCAGUCACAGGAGAAAACAGUAAGUUGAAUAUGGUCUCCUGCCUUCAGUCCUGUAAGAAGCACUCUGUUCACCUCUUGGGGCUCAGGUUCAACAAGAGUUUUGAGUCCUGUUUUGAAGCAGAUUGUUGCUUCUGCUCUAAGACUCAAACUGCACAAUAAGCAGAAUUACAUGCUGCCGCUCUUGCCAAAUAACAGGUGGCAAUCUGCAUGUUUGAAUGUUCCCCUGAUAUUAAACUCCCUUGUUCUACACUGUGAUUCUUCUAUUCAAGUACUUUUGAUGAAGAGAACCUUUCAUAUGAUAGUAUGGCUUAUACCAGAGGACCACUUUGAAUGAGAACCUGGUAGAGGGAUGGGGAAGCUGUGCCCCUCCAAAAGCUGUUAGUCUCUAACUCCCAUCCAGCCCAGCAUGACCAAUGGUUCCCCAUCUCUACCCUGCCUAAAGAAUACACUGCAUCUUUGGGGCUCCUUUUUCAGUUGUUUUGCUUUUUUCCUGAUUAUGUGGACACUCACAGUAAGUAAGCAGUUCCUAAAUCUUGUAAAUAAAACUGAUCUUUUAAUAACAUAUUUUGUUUUGCAGAUUAAGCUCUUGUCUUCUAGCAAACCUAAAGGUAAUGGUCAAAAUCUAGACUGAAUGCAUUUCCAUAGUUAACACUAGAAGCUUCUUUUCUCUUUUGACAAACUGUAUAAAACUGGGCAGGUUUAGGCAGGCAGAUAAGGAAACUCUGUAAUAGCCAUAUCUAUUGAUUCAAAAGCUCACAGUGAAGUUAAUUAUCCAGCUCUUUUUCUAAGGUCAUUCUGAACAUUUCACCUCUGAUUUUGGUGUCCGUGGGAAUUAAAAUUGGAACUGAGGCCCAGAAGCAAAGGAAGCCCCAAUUGAUUCCGUAGUUAUUUGCUGUUAUAGAUAGUGACAACCACAGAUUGCUUUCUGGAAACUAAGAUUUCUUGCAGCCCCAGUACAAACUGCACAUCAAGGAUUAGUGAUUAAUAGUGGCUCUAAGGUUGCAGUCUACUUGCAGAGUUAAAAGAAGAAUUUUUCUUAGAGCACAACUGUGAGGGAGAGUUACUACAGUCAAUUUUCCCCCAUUAUGCUGCUAAGAGGACCAAAGUCUUUGUCUCUAGCGAUUUAGCAGACAAUAAGAAUUCUUAUUUUUGGAAUGAGAGCAACCUCUCUUUUCUUCUGCUUGUUGGAAGAGUCCAGUAUACUGUCACUGAGUGACAGAUACUGCAGUCAAAUUAAUCACUGAAUUGUAGAGCCACAAAGGAAGAGUGAACAAUAAUUGCAGUUAUUGUUGUUGAUUCAGUGUGCAUGAUAUCUGACAGAGUACAAGAGGUCAGGUUCAUGCCCUGAGGAGCUUCCAGUCUAAACUUUGAUACAGAGGAGGAGAGGGGAGGGAGACAGAUGUUAACAGAAAGAAUACACUUUUUUCAUUUACACAUUCUUAGAACUGGUAACAUGUAGUUGCUGUAGAACUUGAGAACGUGUUCAAGUAUUGUACACUUGCAUCAGGUCUUUAAAUCAGUUGAUAGGCCUGGAGAAGGAAGGAUUGAUAAUCACAUUUAAACCUACCCCAGUUCAUAAUUGAAUUGGUUAAAAUUAAUGGGACUUAACUGAAGUAUGAGAAGAUUCUGGAAUGAUCAUUAAGUUGCCUGGAACUCAGCGUUGAAGGGUUUUCCUUUGUGCUGAAAUAUGCAGUCCAACAGUAGCAGAAAAUCUGAUUUAUUACUGCAAAUAAUAAAAUUACUCUCAAAAUUCUAACCCUCUAACCAAAAUAUGCAAUCCAGUGCUUUCAUCAAAGCUAUUCCAUGCUCAUCCAGCAACUUUUCAGUGAUUUCAUGCCUAGAGGUUUUUUGAAAUGUUUAAUGUGCUCCAUAACAACUGAGUGGUUUUUAUCAUCCUAAAGACUAUAAAUACAAUUUAGAUCAUAUAUGUACUCACACAAAUUCACAUGUACAAAAAACCCAGUGUGUUUUGUAUACUUCAGCACUGCAAGCAUACAGUACAUUUAAGCACUUGUGCGAUCUUGAGAUGUGAAAUAGGCAUGCACAGAAACUAAUCUGAGGGAUUCUGGCUGAUCCUCGAGAGCUCCAGAAGAGCGUUUUGCUCCCAAGUUCCAUACAGACAAACUACAAAUCAAUUUUUUUCUGGGAUAAAUGAAACUGUACAGCUUAAGUUCCAUGCUAAUGUGUAAGAACUGCGAGUUCCACCAACUGGAAUUUGAAUAAUGUGCCUUUUCCUAUGUUACUGUUUUUAAUCUCCAGAAAUAACUGUUCCUAAGGCAGAAACAUCAGAAGAAUCUACUGAAGAAGGUAUUUUUCACCAAUUUCAGUUGCUCUUCUCCGAUUUUCAGCUAGAUACUGUUGUUGUCCAAAGUCCAACCUGACCAGAGGACUUUUAUAGAUCUACAGAAGCCAAUGACUGGCCCAUUACCUCUGGAACCCAAGACACCCCUUUGCAAAGGGAACAACCUCCCCCCACCCCGUAGCCCAGCCCACCCUAACUAAUUACACAGGACUGCACUUCACUGAUGGAUAGUUUCUUAACUUUAGUUUGCCAUCUCCAGAUAAGCAUCAUAUUACUGAUUAUAAUAAUUAUUAAUUGGAUUCUGUCAAGCUGCCAUAGGAUGCAGGUGUGUUUUAGGCCUAUUUUAUAUAUUUAGAACUCUAUCCCCCCCCCUUUCAAAUACCAAAAGAAUAAAGUAUUGCAAGCUCUCAUUCAGCGGCAGAAUACAGGUGUACCUUGGAUCCUGAACGCCUUGCGAGUCAAACGUUUUGGCUCCCAAACGCCGCAAACCCAGAAGUGAGUGUUCUGAUUUGCAAACAUUCUUUGGAACCCCAACGUCCAACAUGGCUUCCGCAGCUUCCGAUUGGCUGCAGGAGCUUCCUGCAACCAAUCAGAAGUCCCACCUUGGUUUCCGAAUGUUCUGGAAGUCAAACGGACUUCCGGAAUGGAUUCCGUUCAACAUCUGAGGUACGACUGUAAUUAGAAGUUGAUAAUUUAGGCAGUAUUGCAAAGAGUAAUGCUGGUCCCAAUGUUAUUGGCUGUGCUCACAAAAUUAUUUCAUAUUUCUGAUCACCCGAAACAAAAGUUUAAGUGUCAGCGUUAUGCUGGGAUAUGAAAAUAACGGCAGCAUACUAAGGUGCCAGAAUCUUUUAAGCCAUUCUGAUGAUCACUCUGAACAGUUUUCCUCUCUGUCAAGGUGUGUGGAGAAGUUCCUCUCCAUUCAGCAAAGCACCGUGAUGCUGCCCACUGGUUCCCCUUCCCAAAGAAAGAUUGUUUGGGGACCAGAGCUAACCCACGGGAUGGUGAUUUGCCACCAUUUCUUAAGACUUUUUCUGGUUCUUGCCAUUGGUUUCACUACAGAACUGGAAGAUACUCUGGACAGAAAGAAGAGGGUUCUAGAAGCACUGAGGAGGAAUCCAGACUUGCUGAAACAGUUCCGGCCGAUUCUGGAAGAGACACUUGAAGAGAAACUGGAGAGCAUGGGAGUGAAGCGGGUAAGUGCCAUGAGAGAGGGAAAGUAGAUACAGAGAGCUUUUGCCCUUGUAGUCAAUUGCCCAACGUUGAAUUCCUUUUCCAUAUUCAACUGAGGAUUGCAAUGCCUAAUAUGUUUGAGAAUUUAGAGUCAAGUCUCAUUACAAGUUCCUGCAACACAGCCUCAGCAUGUCUGGACAUUCAUACCUGGUUAGGAAAAUAGACACCCUGAUGCUCCUCAACACUAGGAAUCUUCAUCUGAGGAAAAUGGCUUGCAGAAGGGACCAUAUCAGGGGAAGCUAACACUGUGUUCCUUUUCAUAAUCAACUUAUUAAUGGAAAUUCUGUAAAUUUCCCAUCUUGGGUCCAAAAAAUACUUUCCCACAGUUCACCAGCAGUUAUUUUUAUGACAGCACCGCAAUGUGUUUGCCUGUCAGGACUCACUCCAGGUUUGAGGGAGGCCUAGGCCUCUGUGUCCUCUGGUCGGCCCGUUUCUCUAUUAGCAGAUCUUGGCAAGCUUAUCUGGCAAUAGGGAUGGAAGGAUCUAUGAAUUUCAGUUCUCUAAGACUGGAAAAAAUGAGAAUUUACAAAUUGCUCUAGAAAUGCGGCUAACAAAAAUAAAGAAAGAAAAACUCUCAUGAAGAUACUUCAGCUUUUUAGAAUGCAUUUUCCCCAGCAAACACGUUAAUGUAGUUUUGACAAAUGAACACAUUUUUUGCAGGCAAUUUAUCCUAAUAUAGUGCAUUAUUUUCACUAAUAUAGUCAUUUUAAUGCACCCUUUAACCUAAUACAUGCAUUUUUGUAAACAUUGGCUGGAGCAACUACAUUUCAAAUUCAGAAAAGUGCAAUUUUCAAAAGAUGUUUGUAAGGUGUGAAUUUGAUAGAGUGCAAACUUAAUGGAAUUUCUCCUCCAUCCCUACCCAAUAGCUGGUAAACUAAAGAUGGAAAAUCUGUGAUCCUGCAGAUGUUGUUGAACUCUAACUCCCAUUAAUCCCAACUACUGGCCAGGUUGCCUGGCAGUGCUGGUGAGAUUUAGAGUCCAACAACGCCUGGAGGGUUCUCCACCCCUCUGUCAAAACAUAUUUGUUCUAUGUGUCAGUUAUGAAUAAAAAGGGCUGUGGUCUACAGAAUUACACAGUGAUGCAAUCUGCAUUACUCCUAAUUGUUUUUCUUACAGGGUUCAAAAGGUAUCCCUGCUCAAACCUAUAAACAUUUGAGAGACGUGAUAAAAACCCAACAACAGCAGAAGGCCAAAAAAUUUCCACAGCUCCUCGCCUUAAGAGACAAAAUUGAGCAAGAAGUGAAAAGGAAAGUCAGAAGGGGUCAGAAGGAUGAAAGCGAUCUCUCGCUGCCACUCUUGGGAACCUCAGGUAAGAGGCUCUGUGACAGCCUUUGUCAACCUGAAGCCCUAUCAGCCCAAAAUCAUAGUCAAAACAUCUGGAAGGCAACGUUGCUUAAAGUUUCCCUAUGAUAUUAUUAAUUUAGGAUAGUGAUUUUCAGCACAUUGCUUUUAUUUUAUUUGGGGUGUGUGUAUUAUUUACCUGGAUCAGGUACUGGCCAAUUUGUUUUCCUUCAGAUGUUUCCAAUCAUCUCUUUCAGGUAAAAGCCAAAGGAGCUCACAGUCUCCGAUCCAGGUUGUGUCUUCUAAGCCCAGAAUGCAACAAGUUGAAUUCAAGCCUUAUGCCUCAGAGAUGCCCAAACCAGCCCCUCGGAGCAAAGUGAACUCCAAGGCCAGUUCAGUGGAGACCCCCAGGAUGCCUUCUCCAAAGCAAGUGAGGAGCAGCACACCAUCUCUUCAAUACUCUGCUGCCCAUCAUCCCAGGUGGGUUAAAGUUCUGGGUUAAACUUCCAUUUCCCUGUUUUUAUGCUGUAUUGUCUUGGUUAUUGUGUAUGAAAACUGAUGAUGUAAUUUGAAGUGUUGUCAUUAUGUUUUAGGCAUUUUACAAACAUUUUUGCAAGCUUUUAAUUUCAUGACAAAAAGUGCGGCUUAACUUUUAAUCUUAAUUUUGCGUGUGAGAGUGUUGCUCCUUGUCCUAAAACAGCUAUUUCCAGCAGACCUUGUUCAUUGGCUAAGAUUUGCAAAAUACCCUGGGAAUCUCUCAAAAGUGUCUUAGUUGGAUGUUGCUCCAAAACUCUGUUGGCAGAGUUGGGGAUUUUCAUUUCUUACCCAUGUCAGUUUCACAUGUGUUUGUUCAUAGAUCUGUCCUGUCCUGUCUCGAUUCUGCAUUAAUCUGUAGUGUAGAUGUUUUUUAAAAAAAUAAAUUUAUAUUUUAAAUUCAUGUAUAAAUAUGUACGUCAGUAUGUAUUUUUAUCACAAAAUAUACAUUUUUCCUCAAUGUGUGCUUUUCUAACCUUAUUUCAUCCUAGAAUACAUACAUACUCUUACACACAUUUUGGUGAAGUUGUGUGUGUGUGUCCGUGUGUGCAUUGAGCUGAGAAAUGCAUCCCAAAAUUUGGAGAAGUCCAGAAUUACAUUCUGAUAAAUAUAUUAGCCUGGAAGUGUACUGAAGGAGAUCAGUACGCUUAAAAAUGCACCAAAUGAAAUUCUCCUCCAUCCUUUGUUUCUGUUUCCCACUCUGCUCUGUUUCCAUUCUCCAGCACUUCGCCUUUCAGCUCUGAAGAAGAGUCUGAAGAGGAAUCAAACUUUACAUCUCCAAAGUUUACACCCUGCAAGACAGAACCAGACCCUCCCAGAGCAGUGCAGAAUGAAGAGAGUGACUGGGAUUCAUCUGACAUAGAAUUGUCGGAGGGGAAAGGCAGUAUGGGAAGGGUCCUUGCAACAACAGCAGAGACUCGUUCAGGUGUGCGUGCGUGCAUGUUUUAAUAUAUAUUAAUGCACAUCUUAAUAUGCAUUGAACUGUGUAUUUUAAUGCUUAUUUAAAUGCAUAUGUUCUCUGAAAAUGUGCACUUAAAUCCAUAUUUGGUGCUUUUCAACUACCAGGAUUUUGUUGCAGUAUUGAAAGAAGUGCAAAAUGUGUUGGCUAUGUCGUUUUGAUAUGCAGUUUGAUCUGAUAAGUGCAGAUCAGGACAUUUCAUACAAGAAUUUGUGAGGCUCAAAUUCUUCAGGCUUCUCUAGUUAUAAUGCAACAGGGUAGGCUAGAAAGCUCUUACCUAUGUAGUUGUUCCACAUGGCUGGCAUCGCAUUUAAAAACGUUUUCCAUGUGCUGCAGCCCAUUCAAGGGCAGUAUUUGUAUGCCAACAAUCUGUGACCUGAGAGGAUGCACAACUGCUGUGCUAUCACUGUGCACGAAUGCUCUUGUUACGCAGUGGCAAGGGUUCGUGUGCUAGAUACUUAUUACCAUAGGUUUUCCCGGACCAGCUCUCCAGUCAGACAUACGUCAGCUCAUUUCUUAGUUUUGUCAUUCUGACAGCUUUCAUUAGAAUUAUAUGGUUUCUUAGGUCAGCCAUAAGCUCCUAAGAAGCCAUUUAUUAUUAUGAACAACUUUGCUGUUUAAAUCUGAUGUCUAGACUCGGAUCCUAACUCUUAAUAUGUAUAUGACUUGUAGGUGUUUUGUUUGAAUUUGUUAAUGGUGUACUGUAUUUGGGUGGAAUCCAGCACAGCACUAAGGUAACUAUUCCACCAUCCCAGGGAGUUUUGCUUACUCAUCAGAACAUCAUCUCCUUCUCUUUCUUUGCACCCACUAAAUCUGUUUUCAGGGUUUCCCCUGGAAUAGAUUUGGGGAAGGUGCAGGACACAUGCAAGGGAAGAGAGGGGGAUACUCCCAUUACACAAGUGAAAAUUCUUGCAGUGCUGGGACUUGUUAGUAUAAUACCACCCUUUAUGUUUUAGAUGUGUUGCAAGUCACUUGGAGACCUCUGAGUAAUGCACAACUUGAGUAAUGAAUGACUAGCAAGUUUAAUGAAUAACAACAAUUCUUUGCUUCUUGUAGAAACAGUGGUGCAGUCAAUGGCUAAAAAUCUGGAGAGGACACUGAGUGCAUCUGGGAAAAAGCCUGCUGGUGGAGUUAAACUCUUUCCCAUCCCUACCAAAGAAGCUCCUAAACCUGGCCCAACUACUAAAAAAAUCCAGGUACUAUACAAUACACAUUAAUUUAGGAAAUCAGACAGAUGGUAUCUGCCUGCUGAAUUCUAACCCAUAAGAAACAUCAUUCCAGUUUUUGCUCUGGACUAUUCAUUCAGCAUGAUGAAGAAUUAUGGAAAGCUUGCUCACCCUUACUUGAUUUUAUGCUUGAUGACCUAAUAAAAAUAUUGUCCUACUGUGGAUUUUGGAUUUCAACACCCCCCCCCCCUUUUGGGCCAACACAGCCUUUGCUUUUCAUUCAUCAGUUCUUCCCCAAUAACAUUAUACUAUGCAUAUUUAUUCAAACAUAAAUGCUGCAGGGUUGCUCAUGAGCGUGUUUAGGAUUGCAGCUGUCAGGGAUUCAACCAACAGGGUGCAAUCCGUCAGGUGGUUCUCCUGCACAAGACACAUGGAAAGAGGUGCUCUUGAGCAGCACCCAUUAACUGUGAUAAUGCAAAGCACCCAACCACUUGAAAACCCACCAGUUGUAUACUGACUAAUGGGUACUAGGUGGCAAAACUUGUACUGGGCAUAGAAUGGGAAACUUGAAUCUACAGCUCUGAAUUAAGAAUUAUUUACUUAUUCGUUGCAUUUAUAUCCUACCUUUCUUCCAAUGUGCUCAAGGUGAUGUACAUGAAAUAGGUUAGGCUGAGAGACUGUGAUUGGCCUUGGCCCACCCAGGGAGUGUAAUGGCCAAGCAGAGACUUGAAUCCUGGUCUCCCAGCACUGUAAGCACUACAUGGCCUAGGACCCAUGUACCUACGGGACCGCCUCUCCUGGUAUGCCCCGCGGAGGACCUUAAGGUCCACAAAUGACAACAUUUUGGAGGUCCCAGGUCGCAAGGUGGUUAGAUUGGUAUCAACUAGGGCCAGGGACUUUUCAGAACUGGCCCCAACUUGGUGGAACGCUCUGUCACAAGAGACUAGGGCCCUGCGGGACUUGACAUCUUUCUGCAGGGCCUGCAAGGCAGAGCUGUUCCACCUGGCCUUUGGUUUGGACUCAGUCUGACCCUUAUGUUUCGCUCCCCUUAUGGUCUUGAUUUAUAGGCUACUUUUAAAAUGAGGCUGCAUUUUAAAUUGCAUUUUAACCAGUAUUUUAAAUUGGUUCCCCCAUUAUGUUUUUAACUGUGAUUUUAUUGGUGUUAGCAACCCUGAGCCCUGCUUUGGCCGGGAGGGCAGGGUAUAAAUAAAAUUUUUUAUUGUUAUUGUUAUUAUUAUAUUAUACAACCUUGGUGGGGUGUGCCUUCCCUGAGAAGUAUCUUCUUCUUCACUGAUUUAGGGUGAUUUUUAAGGAGGAGGAUGUGAGCCAUUGCAGAGAUAAGAGAGUGUGGCUGGUCUUUGCCAUCUGCUGCUUGCUCUCCUAUCUGUUUUCUCUUCUCCCUUGCUGCAGUUCAUUGAGGAGGAGGACAGUGACUUGGAGAUUUCUUCCUUGGAGGAAGUCACCCCACACCUGGAGACCAACAGCAAACUGAAGCAGCCACCAGCCACAAGGAGUAGCGGGGACUCAGCUGAUUCUCGGGGCACCAGCCUCUGGGGUUCUGGCAGCACAAGAGCUGGCGCCUGGUAAUCUUUGCAUUGAGCCGAGCUGUGUGAGACAACAGGCUCCAUUUGAGAUGGAACAGUUCCUGGGGCAAGUCAACGAAAAGGAUGCUGAACUUUCAGAGAGAGAGAAUGUGAAUAAGUACCAUACUCAGGAUCAUAUCUUUGGACUCAAGUGUGAAGUUGUUUUGCUUGAAUGUUUUCCUCCUUAGUAAAAAAAAAAAAGAGAGAGAGAGAGAUAAAGUACUCUUUCACUGGAAGUCUCAGGUAACAGUGAAGUUCACCUUUUGAUGAAGGAAGCACAUCUCCACUUGAAGCUGAACCAACAAGAGGAAGCUCCCUGCUCUUUUUUUCUAUGGAGGAGCAUUCAGUCAUAUGAGCCCCCAGCUGUAGUCUCUAAAGUGCAAUAACCCCAGCACAGGAACAUCAUUAUCGCUUCAAGUAUAGCUAGACUUAAGGCAUUCAGGGCCACACGUCUACUAAAUGCAUAACAACAUUUCUCCUUGCUCUUUACCCCGUGUGUUUUUGCACAAAAUAUAUGAGUGUAAAUAAGUUUUUUAAAAAAUCUAUAUUGAAUGCUUUUCACACUAAAAACGCUUUCAUAAUUUUAAAGACUAUUUUUCUAUUUGGGGUAUUUUUCUAUAGAAACUUGUUCCGAUUAGACUAGUUGUCGGAGAUAACGUGAUCCAAUGGAAAGACAUGUCCCCCCCCCCCCUCCAACAGGAAAAUAACAGUUAUGGAUGGCAAUUUAGAUUGGGAUGACAGUGUUGGAGAAAGAGUAAACCCACCUCCCAUCUCAUUUGCCCCCCUUUCCCAAUUGCUAUUUUUAAUAUGAAUUUAAAGAAAUGUGAGGUACCUCAUCUGGUGUGGCUCAUAGUUAUAACAUAUUUGAGUUCUAGAAACACAGUUAAAUAAAAAGUUGCUGGAUAGAGCUGACCACUUGAUGGCACCACAACUCAAGAAACAUACGUUUUUUGCUUUGUUUUUUGAGAUGCUGCAAAUGGCACUUGUUACCAGAAUAGAUUUAUGAUUUUUUUUAUUAAAAAAAAAGAGUAUUCAGGAGAACAAAUGGAGUAGGUAAAAAUAAGGCAUGCUAUGAACCUGCCCCUAAAGAAAUUACACAAGAGCAAAACUGGGGGUGAGCAUAAGGGGUCCAUAUCCCCUUCUGCCCUUUCUUUUUAUAUUAAAAAACCCUUUUGAAUAGUUUUCAAAUAAAAUUUAGUAAAUAAUUUUGAAGCAUUUGCUUUAUAGAAGUCCCAUUUGCUCAUUCCCAGAUUUCUCAGGAUAUAUGUGACCAUAUGUGCUGUCUUUGCAAGUUACCACCCUGCGUGUAUCUCAAGAAGGCAGAUGCAUAAAAUAUCUGGCAAAAGUUAUUAAGCAUCAUGAUGACAUUUGCAAACUUGAAGAUAGUAUUUAUUGAGAUCUUCCUUUUUCCAGUAAGACAAUAAGGUAAAGGUGAAGGGACCCCUGACCAUUAGGUCCAGUCGUGACCGACUCUGGGGUUGCGGCGCUCAUCUCGCUCUAUAGGCCGAGGGAGCCGGCGUUUGUCCGCACAUCUUCCGGGUCAUGUGGGCAGCAUGACUAAGCUGCUUCUGGCGAACCAGAGCAGCACACGGAAACGCCAUUUACCUUCCCCCCGGAGCGGUACCUAUUUAUCUACUUGCACUUUGACGUGCUUUCGAACUGCUAGGUUGGCAGGAGCAGGGACCGGGCAACGGGAGCUCACCCCGUCGCGGGGAUUCAAACCACUGACCUUCUGAUCAGCAAGUCCUAGGCUCUGUGGUUUAACCCACAACGCCACCCACGUUCCUUUUAGUAAGACAAUACAGCUGCAUAAAAAUGAUCACGGUUGGCAAUAAUCCUCAAUGUAAAGUACAAAACCUACAGAAAUGGUAUGUGGGAUCCAUCUGACCCCACGCUUUUUUAAAACGUAAAAAUAAUUUACCGUUAAGAUAGAGGUAGCUUGCUACUUACAUACCGUACAUUUAACUUGUGCGCAUUCAGCUUUAUGCGUUUGUCAGUUUAAAAGAAAAAAGAAAGAAAGGGAGAGGGUGGAAAGGAGGUGGGUAUCCGUGGAAAAAUACUUUGGCAGUCCCACCUGCCAUAGAACUCAAAGUGAUUUGACUCUACAUGUUUUGGGCUUUAGGCUCUAUCCCUGGAAUGAAUCACCUGUAUGUAUAACUAUAAUAUUUGCACAAGUAUAACAGCACAAUAAUCAUGAUUUGUGAGUGACUCCUAAACAACAAAUGUUUAGCUUCAAAGUACAGAUAUGAAUGUUUAUAAGUUCGGAUGUUAUUGCUUGGGUUUUCUAAUUUUAGAAAAGGAGGGGCAUCUCCAGAAAUAAAAGCUUAUCAUGCAA